CACUUUUUUUUUUCUUCAUCAACCGAGAAGGAACUACCAGGAACACAAAGUACAGCUACAAAGGCAAAGCAAUACCCGAUAGAUUUAAAGAGAAGGGACCGGGAUAUAGAAGGAGGGUAUUAAUUACAGCACCUAUAGUGAAAGCUGCUGCUUAGCCGAUCGGUGAACCCCGCGGACAGCGGGAGUCGGUUUUCACCAGAUCAAGGAGGAGCAGGAUCUUUGCCCAUUGCAACAGGAGACAUAACGGUGUAUCACCGCCACAGUAAUUAAAGGGGCCUGUUUUCCCCCCAGAAUCCCUUGGAUUGCAUUACUUUUUUCCUAUUUGAAUAGUCACUCCCUGAAUAUUUCGUUUUCUUUUUAGGUUUUCAUAAUGUUAGGCUGUUGAUGAAAAGCCUUCAGUCCUGCGGGGAUUAAUAUGACGUUGCCGAUGUUUGCGACGGGGGAACGGGAGCCGGUGUGGGAACGGGAGCCGGUGUGGAAACGCGGCUUGUGGGGCCGCAUCGCAUAAGCGACCCGUUAGCAGCCCCCCCUCACAGAAACGGGAGGCGUGUGCUUUGGAAACAGUUUUGAAGGGAAACGCUUUCUCCAACGAAACGGAAAUGACUUCAGCUGGAGGAACGGAGAUCUGCCGCUUUGUUUCGGCCGAGGGGCAGUCCGUGUUUGGGAAAAUGUCACAUCUCACCCAGCUCGCCGUCUGAAGCGUCUGGACCGUGGGGUGGUUUACAUUCUUACCCGAAGCCAUGUUUGCCGGGAUGGUACGGCUGGGGACGUGGCCCCCGAACGCCUCCGGGGCUGACAGCGCUGCCCUCCCGCCGCACCCGGAGAUGAGGAGAGCAGGUGGUCGGGUCACGGUGCCAGCAGGUCGAGGCUCCCGAAAGAGGCUUCCCAGGAGGCCGGGGUAUAUGAGGCCGGAUCUGCAUCGACAUUCAUGGAGUGCAAUCGAAGGGGAGGGCCAGAGCCUCAGUUUGACCAAUGGGGAGGCUUGCCGCGCUGUGAAUGACAGCCAUCGCACUGCUGUGCAGUCCGGCCCACUGAAGCUGACCCAUCCUCCUUCCAGUGAAGUCUUCAAGCCCAGCCUGUGCCUUAACAGUGGGAUUUCACUCUCCACAGUCCCCCAGGAGGCCUGCAGGCCUACCCCCAGGGAAGCACCUAAUCGGGGGUAUCACCUGGGCCCUCAUUCUCCGAAACCCGUGAAGGAUAUUCAGAGCUCACCUCAUCGGGAGCAGUUUAACUCCAGUUUCAGCUUCAUCAGACUCUCUCUUAGUGGCAGCCAAGGGAUGGAUGCUUGUCCAGGUUCCCCUGCACGAUCAGAACCCAUAUCGGUCCCCCCGGCCCAAUCAGCACCUGUGUGUGUUUCGCUGGGCCAAUCAGGACCCGUCACUGAUGUCAGUGGCUGCUCGUUUAGACUCUCAGGUUCCCAGCCUGCUGCCUCAGAAGCAGGUGGGACUCCGAGGCGCUCAUUUAGCAGAGAUUUGUGGGGAGGGGCUGUGGUCCUGCCAUGCAGUGGUCCGGGAUGCCUGGCCGGUGCGGCCUCAAGCUCCGCCCACUCCAGGGACUGUCUCCCUGACUCCGACGCCGGCUCUGUGGAUGCCGAGGCCGCCUCCUCCCUGUCGGCCGACUCCUCCUCUGACUCCACCUCGGGCUCCUCCGUCACCUCGGGCUACGAGAGCGCCGUGCCCUGCGGUGACCGCGGCUGGGAGGCCCUGGCCAAGAAGUACGAGGGCGUCCUGCAGAAAUGCCUGCAGGGAAAUCAGACCAGUGCCAAGAUCGAGUCCUUGAUGAUGAAGUUGCAAGGCCUACAGCAGAAGGCAGUGCUGGAAGACGACUAUGACACAGCGGAGCGUUUCGGGAGGAAACUGGAUGAGCUGCGGCAGGAGAGGAGCACGCUGGUGCUGGGCCUGCCCUCCAAGCACCCCUCUGUGUCCCGCCUCCUGGAGCGCCUGCUGGUCGCCGUGCGCAGUGCCCAGCAGCGGGCAGCGGUGGGCAGCAGAGAGGGCGCCGGUUCCCAUGAAGGCCAGAAGGGAGCUUUGUCAUCGGGCCAGGAAGGUGCUCAGUGCCCCCUACUGUGGAGAGACCAUCUGCUCAAGGAGAAGCGGCUGGUCGAGGAGGAGAUGCAGGAGCUGCAGCGGCGGCUGGCCAGCCUGCGACAGAGGAGCACGCAACUGGAACGGGAGCUCCUGCAGGAGGAGCGGCUACUGGGGGGCGAAGGGGACGAAGGGCCGGCCUUGUGGCACUGUAGCCCCGCCCAGCUACACGAGCUCGGCCGGGCGCUGGAGGACACGGUGACAUCAGAGCACCGUGCGCAGCUCUGCACUCUCAGGCCCCUGGCCGUGCUCAGACUGCAGGAGAGAGAACAAGCCUUGAACACAUCCAUCAGAGAGGCUACAGCUAAAGUGGUCAUGAGUCAGAAGCUGGGCAGCAGUCUGCGGAGGAAGGUCAGCGAGAGCGAGACGCAGCUGUUGGCUCUGCACGAGGCCAAGAUGGCCGCCAUCUCAGGGGGCGACUUCUCCAGCGCAAAGGAGGUGAAGGUGGAGAUGAAGUGUCUGUAUGGGGAGCGGGACCAUCUGGAGGCUCUGGCCAAGAGACUGCGGGCUCUGAGCGCGAGGAGCAGCCAGGAGCUGGCCAGGAUGAAGGAGGAGCACGGCCUCCUGAAGGGGGAGCUUCAGGAGAGGGAGGCGCGCUUCGAGGAGGCGCUGAGGAGCGACGCCGUGAAGUACGUCGAGCUGCUGGAGGACAGGCUGCACAGCUGCGGCAAUGCGGUGGUGGAGCGCAUUUGGGAGGCCGAUCUGGAGGCGUGUCACGUUCUGCUGCGCAGCUUGCAGCUCCGGGCGACCGGAACCUGUGGCCCGGAUGUGGAAGAGACCCCCGAACCCGUCCCCCGUCCAGAGGUCCCGGCCCAUGACUGGUAUGAGCCGGACUGUGCCAUGUUGACAGCGCUGGGGGGGCGCUGGUGCCCCGAUGCCAACCUGCAGCAUUCGGAGUUUGCUAAGAAACUAGAGGAUUUUCUGUUCUGUAUGGAGGAGAGUCCGCCAGAGGACGUAUGUAGCGAUGCGACGGACAUCAUGGAGCAGUGCGAGUCCAUCGGGCUGCGACUGCAGGCCCUGGAGGAGCAGCUGGGGACGGCCCUGCUCAGCCAAGACCAGCCCCUGGCCCAGUCCCUCCAGGGGGAGGUCCAGGAGGUGAAGAGUAUGCUGCAUGCCAUGCUGGAGCAACUGAGAAUGGAGGAAGAUGAAGAUGAUGAGAAAGGAGGCGAGACCAACGAGGUGAAGCACGGAGAGGAGGACGAGGAUCCCUACUUCAGCGACAGCUGGGAGAUUUAGCAGGACACAUGGAUGGGCUGUGCUUUGGUGGCGACCCCCACCUGGGCCUGUCCCUGGUAGGGUGACACUCAAGGCUUAUGGCGUCUGAACCUCGGUCACCCACAGCAGGACGUGUGGCUGAAUCCUGUCACUGCCCUUACUUGGUGUCAUCUAUCAACUUACCGCCAUUCUGGGCUUGGGCCAGAUUCUACCCCGAACGCAGAGCCAGAUUCAUCAAAUCUGGUCUGUGGGGGGUGGGGGGGGUUUCUGUCCCCGUGGCAACUGCCCUGUAACCAGAGAGCUUUCGUGUGUUUCUUGUUCUGUCAGAGAAUUUUCUAAAGCGGUCACGGUUUGAUAGGCUAACCACUGAUCAACGUGAGGUCCCGUGUGACGCUGUGGACUAGCCGCGUCUCGUACGGAGGAGAGCACUGCUCUACUUAUUCAGGUCCAGUUCGAUGCCAAUGGCACGAUCUACAUUUAUCAGUCACGUUAGAUGGUGCCAUUUAGUCACAGAGUUUGUUCUGAUGUUUAGCCACUGUUUAAAAAAAAAAAAAAAAAAAAAAAAAAAACCACUUCUGUUCUAAGUGACAGAAACGACCAAAUUCUUUACAGAGGAAUAUUGUUUGAAGUGUCCCUUUUGUAUUUAUGCAGAUGGUACAUAUAUUAUUAAUCCGUUUUUACGGAUGCAUGUUGUUGUAACUGCUGUCCGAUUGUAGCCUUAACUAAGCACUUUGGGGUUCACUCCAGAAGAGGGGGCUCUAACUCCCCGCCCCCCCCCCAGCCGCCUUAUGACUCACAUUGGAAUUUUUACUGUGUCUCAAUUUUGGACAUAUUUAUUUUUCAGGUUCUUAAAUAUACCAGAAUUGCCCAA